AUGGAACAUCAUAGGCAUUUCCUCAUGUUUAACCUAGAUAAGUUUGAUGAUUGCAAAGUGCGAAUGCAGGCUCACUUGUCUGCCAUUCAUGAUGAGAUGUGGGAUGUGAUUACUGACGGACCCAUAAAGAUCCUACAGGUGAACACCAACCGAGUCGCUGAUGAUCCAACGUCACCAGCAAUGAUACCUAACGAAAAGUCCUUGCUGACAACCGAGGAAAGAACUCGUGUGAACCUUGAUAACAUUGCCAAAAACAUACUCUACAAGGCUCUAGAUGAGUCGUUAUUCCCUCGGGUGAGAAAAUGCAAAUCAGCUAAAGACAUUUGGGACACACUGAUGCAAAUAGGUGAAGGAGACGAGCAAGAGAAGGAAAACAAGUUGACUAUUGCUAUGAAAAGAUUCGAAGAUUUCAAACUUGGCACGGAGGAAUCCAUAACUGACAUGGAAGCUCGAUUCAUGAAGUUACUAAUGGAUAUUAGUGACCUCGAUGAGGAGAAGCUCUCACAAAAAGGAGAUAAACCUAAAGAUUCUCCGAAGACUACCGAAGAGUUGGGAGAUGAAAUCACAAAGCAUCAAGAGGAGUACGACAACUACAGGGAGAGUUCGGGAAGCUACAACAAUCCAAAGAAUACAUCAAAUGAUGCAAAUGAUCAACCGAGCAAUUACUCCGAAAACAAUCCGAAGGGUGACAGACGAAGAAAGGCUCUAGCUGUGGAAGAGAAACCAGAAGAGAAGACUGACGAACCAUGCGCAUCAAGUUCCAGCUCAGAAAGUGACAAUUCGGAAGAGGAUUCGGAUGAAGAAUUAUGCCUUAUGGCAGAAGAAGAAGAGGUAACUUCUCAAAACUACUCAUCUAAUUGCAGUUCCGAAUCCAAUUAUCAUGAAAGUUCUAGGGAAGCAUUCGAAAGAAUGGUGAAGGACUUUGAUGAUGUUAGAUACACACAUUUCAAACUUAAGGAAGAGAAUGCUCAGCUAUUGGCAGAAAGACAAGAUCUCGAGGACUUAAGGUCCAAAAAUGUUGAGAUGCUUGAAUCUAUAAGCCAGCUUGAGAAGCAAAUUCAUCUACUUAAGGAACAAUGUAAAGCAAAAGAGAAUAGAGGGCAAAAUUUACGUGCGGGAAACAGGACCAUAUGGUAUGUAGAUAGUGGAUGCUCGAGACACAUGACUAGUGACAAGUCAGAAUUGAGCAAUUUCAAAGCGAAGAAUGGUCCUAAGGUUAUCUUUGGUGGGAACUCAAGUGGGCGAACCAUAGGCACUGGAGAUAUUACGAAGAAUGGUCUGACUAUUCAACAAGUAUCAUAUGUUGAAGGAUUAAAAUUCAACCUGUUAAGCACAAGCCAAUUCUGCGACAAAGGAUAUAAAGUGGAAUUCUCAAAAGAUCUCUGUCAAGUCAUCUCAUAA